GUUAAAUACUAUAAUUUAUAGAAUUUUAAUAUACACUUGUGAUGUAUUAAUUUUCAAUUUCCGGCGCAUUUAACAUACCUGACGAAGGACGCGCCAGCUGUUUCCGCUCCGGCCGCUCUCGCAUAUAUUAAGCCCUCCCCGCUCCCUCUUGGUUCCGUUCAACAAGAUAAUCAUCUAUCAACCCUUCACGUUAAUCUAGAGGUCUUACUUUAUUUCAUCAUGGCUAUCAUUGAGCUUGUAUUCCCUAAGGUGAAGAAUGACCCUGAAUCUAUCAAGGGUGCGCAAGGGACGAUCCCUCUUGCUUUCAAGGCUCUGAAAGAGGGUGGUGUUCUACGAGGUGCGGCAGGUGCUAUAAUCUCGGAAAACGGGAAAGAUACGACCGGCGAAUUCAGAGAAUUCAUCGCUCUCGAAUGGCCUGAAUUUUCCUACUUCCAGAAAUUCGUUGAAUCUCCUGGUUACGCAGAGUAUAAAGCCGCGGCACAGCCCUUUUCAUCCGGACCACCGGACUUGAACGUCUUUGAGACGAACCCCGGCGCGCAUCUCUUCGACGGCCGACCUAUCCUGGAUAUAUUGCUCAUCAGCCCUAAGAAUGCGUCCGAUGAAGAAGCGGGGGCUGUCUUGAAGAACGUACGAUCGACGCUGGAGAAGAUUAGCGACACCGAGGGUGUGUACGGAAGCUCUUUGAACCUUCCUCAGAAGAAGAUCGCUAUCGUGAGAGCACUUGCAGACAAGGCGGAAUUGGAUGCCGCGAAGAACGCCUCGGCACGCCAAGAGAUCAUAAAGGAGAUCGGCGGCUUGGCCGAAGUGACCCAAUUGGUUGCCGAUGUUAAAGUGAUGCCCUUCUAGAAAGACUAAGGGGAUUAACAAUAACAUCAGAAGUGGUUGGAUUAGGUACUUCUACGAUUGUUUCUAG